AAGCAGCAAGGAGGCACAGAAGGUGAAGUUCCAGCCCUCCAUGUCCACAGGCAAAAGCAGCAAGGAGGCACAGAAGGUGAAGUUCCAGCUGGAGAGGGACCCGUGCCCACAUCUGGGGCAAAUUCUGGGGCAGACCCCGCAAAAUCUAUCCAGGGGCAUGGAAAGCUUCCCAGGGAAGGUUCUGGGGGCGACCUCUGAGGAGUCGGAAAGGGACUUGAGGAAGCCCUUGAGGAGUGACUCAGGAAGUGAUUUAUUAAGACGCACAGAGAGGAAUCGUAUAGAAAACGUCCUGAAAGCCCACGUGGGCAGGAAGUUGGGCCAGAUGAACGAGGGCUUGAUCCCUGUGAGUGUGCGUCGAUCCUGGCUUGCUGUCAACCAGGCUUUUCCCGUGUCCAACACCCACGUGAAAACCAGCAAUCUAGCACCCCUGAAAAGUGGGAAAGCCUAUGUGAACACAGCCCAGGUGCUUCCCUUCCUCGAGCCGUGUACUCAGCAGGUGCUGGGAGCCCAUAUUGGGAGGUUAUGGGCCAAACACAGGUGGGGUCUACCCCUCAGGGUUCUCAAACCCAUUCAGUGUUUUAAAUUAGAAAAGGUUUCGUCCUUGUCCCUUACACAGCUUGCCGGUUCCUCCUCAGCCACCUGUGAAUCUGGGGCUGGCUCAAAAGUUGAGGUGGCCACGUUCCUUAGAGAACCACCAACGGCAAGUCUGAGAAAGCAGGUGCUGACCAAAGCAUCUGACGUGCCAGAGAGUCUUCUGGCCUCUUCCCCUGCAUGUAAGCAGUUCCAGAGGGCCCCGCCAGGGAUCCCAUCUUGGAAUGAUCAUGGGCCCUUGAAGCCUCCUCCAGCUGCACAGGAGGGCAGGUGGCCAUCAAAGCCCCUCACAUACGGCCUCACAGGCAGCACCCAGCAGAGCAGGAGCUUAGGAGCCCAGUCUUCAAGGGCUGUAGAGACCAGGGAGGCAGUGCCACAACCCAGAGUCCCCUCAGGAAUCCAUAUGCUGGCAAACCUCCAAGCCACAAGGGAAGAUGUGUGUGGUUUCGAGGCUCCAGGGACCAGCAAAAGUUCUCUACUCCCUAAAAUGUCUGUCGCCCAAGAUCCAAGACAGCUGUGUCCUAUGGAGGAGGUUAUUAGUGAAUUUGAGCCUGGAAUGGCCACGAAGUCAGAGACCCAGCCUCAAGUUUGUGCUGCUGUUGUGCUCCUUCCAGAUGGACAAGCAUCUGUUCUGCCCCUGGCUGCAGAGAAUUUGGCUCCUCAAGUGCCCCAGGGCCAUCUCCAGAGCACGCCUCCUGGGAACAUGCGGGCUUCCCAGGAGCUACGUGACCUCAUGGCAGCCAGAAGGAGCAAUCUGGGGCACAGGGAGCCCAAGGACCCCAAAUGUCAAGUCUCAGGCAAGAGACAAAGCCCGAUAGACACUCAUCAGGAUGAAGGUGUCCAGCCAUUGCCAUCAAAGAAACAGCCUCCUUCAAUAAGCCAAAACAUCAAGCAUUUUUUUCAGCAGGUUUUCUCAAAGAAGAAAACGAAGCCAGCACCAGUCACUGCCGGGAGCCAAAACGGAAAAAAUAGGUCCUGUGUGUACGGCAGCAGCGCUGAAGCUCAGGGGCUCAUGACAGCAGUCGGACAGAUGCUGGAGGAGAAAAUGUCAGUUUGCCAUGCACGCCAGGCCUCGAAGGUAAAUCAGCACAAACAAGAGUUACAAGCUCCAGUCUGUGGGUUUCCCUGCAACCACAGGCACCCCUUCUUCUCAGAGGGCUAUGCCGCCAGCAGUCAACAAGCCACUCUCAAGAGCCAGCGUUGUCCCAACAGAGAGAGGCAAAUCAAAGAUCAACAGCCCCUGAAAAGUGUCCGGUGCAACAAUGAGCCAUGGGGCCUGCGACAUCCCCAGCUCUUGCUCCCCAAGAAAGCUGUACCCCCA